GCAUGCGCGGCCGCCGCCCGCUUCGUGGCGCCGCGGUGGGGGUGGGCCGGGGGCCGCGCCGGGGCCAUGGCGGCGGCGGCGGCGGGGUGUAGCGGCGUCCGGCGGUGGAUAGUUGUCGCUCACCUCCUGCUCGUCGCGUUGCAGCCGGCGGGCGCUGCCUCGGCUGCCGCCCUGCCUGUAGUCAUCAACACCUGGGCGUUUAGGAAGGCCGCAGAGACAGCUUGGGGAGUAUUGCAGUUGGGAGGUUCUGAGCUGGAUGCAGUUGAGAGAGGCUGUGGUCAGUGUGAGAUCGACCAAUGCGAUGGGAGUGUGGGAUAUGGAGGAAGCCCAGAUGAAAGUGGAGAAACAACACUGGAUGCAAUGAUUAUGAAUGGCAACACUAUGGAAGUUGGAGCAGUUGCAGAUCUCAGAUAUGUUAAAAAUGCAAUCAGUGUGGCACGAAAAGUCAUGGAAUACACUAAGCAUACGUUAUUAGUGGGAGAGUCAGCCUCCCUGUUUGCUGUAAGAAUGGGGUUUCCAUAUGAAGAUUUAACUACCCAAAAAUCUCUUCUGGUGUAUUCAGAGUGGCUUAAUCAAAGCUGUCAGCCAAACUACUGGAAGAAUGUGAUACCAGACUCUUCAAAAUCCUGUGGACCAUACAAACGGCCUGAAAAAGUAACUUAUAAAGAAGAACACAUCUCACAAAGAAGUUUUCAUAAUCAUGAUACUAUUGGAAUGGUUGUAAUCGGUGGGAGUGGAACUGUUGCUUCUGGGACAUCUACUAACGGUGCAGUCCACAAAAUUCCAGGCCGUGUAGGAGACUCUCCGAUAGCUGGAGCAGGAUCCUACGCAGAUAGCACAGCAGGAGGAGCUGCAGCCACUGGGGAUGGUGACAUAAUGAUGCGCUUCUUACCCAGUUAUCAAGCUGUGGAGUAUAUGAGAAUGGGAACAGACCCAACAGUAGCCUGUCAGAAAGUUAUUUCCAGAAUCCAGAAGUAUGCUCCAAAGUUCUUUGGUGCCGUUAUAUGUGCCAAUACAACUGGAAGUUAUGGUGCUGCAUGUAAUAAAAUUCCAGGAUUCACUCAGUUUCACUUCAUGGUUUCUAGUCCUUUGCUAAGUCAGCCAACUGAGCAAGUAGUAGAUUGCAUUUAAUAUCUUAUGUCCUAUCAACAUCUAAACUUAAGACAAGGAAAGCGCUAAGCUUCCCUAGAUGUUACUUUUUAAAAUGGUUGUUCCAAGGUCUAACAGCUCUUAUAGUCUGUUUGGUUUUGUAAGAACUAAGUAGUCAAAAGUGAUGAAUAGUAACCAUUGAACUGGACCUUUGCUUUGCCAUUUAGUUACAUAUUUGGCAGAAAUCUGAAACAAAGGACAGGGAGCAGGAGGGUCUCUGCCUCUACAUGAGACUUAUUUUGAGAAAAAUUGUCUGUCCAGGUUUUCUUUUCUCUUGGAAAGAAAGUUGCAUGCAAAUGCUGAAAAGCAAGGAGAGAGGUUUGAAGAGUAAUGGAGACUAUUUCAAAGCUUUAAUUAAGAGAUAAGGAGCAUCUCCUUUUGGACCUUUCUAACUUGUUUCACAACAGCUGAGAAUACAUUUGAAUAGAGAGGACAUCCAAACAUCCCUAGCAGUACAAGCCUUCGAGGAGUAUUGUGUUGACUGGAUGGGAAGACAGUUCAAAACCUUCCUGUCACCUGUUUUAUGUAGUGGAAGUUAAGUUGUAAAUCUUAAUCACAGUGAUUUCCUUGCUGUAAAUACGCUGUGCACAUUCCCUGUGGCACAUUUACCCCUGCAAAGGAGCAGUUGAAUAUCUGGAGCAUGAGAGUUACCUACAGCUAACAAAGCUGGGUUUGUCACUGUCCAUAUCUAGAUACCAGGAAUCAUUUGUAAUAGAAUUUCAGCAUUUUGAGGAUUGUUUCAUGGGUAUUUGAAGAUGCUUGAUUGUUUUCUUAGCUUGGUGGCUUGCUGAUAAUUUGGUUGAAUCUUUGCUAAACUUGACCUAGGAAAAGUUAAAAAGGGAAGCAAGUAAAAUGAGUGUCUUGUCAUAAAACUUGAUUUAUUCUUUCUCUACUUGAAUAAAAUUACUGGGUAAUAAAAGCACACCUUAAUGUAUCAUUUAUAAGUAAGGUUGCUUAGAUACUUGUGUACUGUGCCUUAGAAUGACUGUUGCCUUAUGUUCCAAGUUAGUAUCUUUAAAAACUGGAAAAAACCGUUCUGACUAGAAUAGCUGUCUUUAACGCCCUGCUGUCGAACUUCAUUACCGAAGUAAUUUAUUUGGAGGAUUUACUUCUGUCACUGGAUCUUCAGCGCAUCUUGUACCACGGAGUUCACUGUAGGCCACAACAAGCUUUUUUCAGAGGAGCUGUUACUGAGUAUAUCUGUAGUGGCUUAAGGUAGGUUUUCUACCUGUACUAUCUACCAUGGCUGCUGUAUCUUCAGAUAACUCAAGCAGUCAAGUGCAAAUAGAUUAAUAAAAUCCCAGUGACUGUUACUUUGAAGAUAACAUUGUGGAUUGUGAACAUAGAAGGUUCAGUAUGGGCAGCUGAGUGGCAGUGUCUCAAACUGCUGCAGCUGAAUCCACCAGGAUUCAUUUACGAAAGAGAUUGGAAACAUCCAUGGCUGGCUUUCUAGUGUGGUUGUACCACUCUGUGUUAGCUAGUGUAUACCAGUAGAGGUUAUGAGUGCUCUGUAACAGUGUGCCUGAGGUCACUGUUGCAAUUCUAACGAUUCAUCUAUAUGCAAGAGUAAAAUUACUUGUCUCCAUGGACAUAUGCACAACUACAUGUUUAAUAAUGUAGGUUGCUUUGUGAUGCUGACUUAAUUCUCAUAAGUGGAAGGGUUAGUUUGUGUAAAUUACUUUAAUGUAUUUUUAAUGUGACAGUCUAUUAUAUUUAUAAAUUAAAUUUAUAAAUGUACCAUUCUAAUGUUAUGGACAGAACUCUGAAUUUAAAAAUAUUGUGCUUAAUGUUUUGUCUUUAAAAUAUCUCUUUGAAGGUUGUUAGUUGUAGAGCUGUUCUGUUACGCUUAGCAGAAAGAUGAAAUUUUUUAAGAAAGAUUUUUACAAGAAAAAAUCCUUGCCAAAAAUAAACAAAAACUUCAAGAGUUUCUGCUGGGGUUGUAAAAAAAAAUUUAAAAAAAUGUUAUCCAAUUUCAAGGAAUUUUUUGUUUGUAAGUUUAUACCCUCAUUAUGUUUUUACAUGGCACUGAACUGUUCUCUAAUCAGGCAAUCUAUAUGAACCCUGACAAUGUUUUGUAUGCACUUAUUGAAAAAAACUUCCCUGUGAUACCACCGUUGUAGCUUACCAUGGAAGCUACAUCCUUUCAUGUAAGAAAGAUGAAGUCCUUUCAUCUGUAACUGCCUCAACCAGAAAUAAAUCACAUGUUCGGAGAAUUCAA